AUGGCUGCACGUGAAUCUGGUAGAAUAAAAGAUGCUUAUCAAAAAAGAGUACUUGAUGAAGCUGCUCGUAAACGCAGACAAAAGAAAGCAUUGGAAGCUUUGGAACAAGAUAAUUUUCACGAUGAUCCGCAUGCUGAUUUAGUAAUGAGUAAAAAAGUUCCAAAAUUUCAAGAAACUUUAGACAAUAGAGGUGGUAGAAGAAAAAAAACUAGAUCAGCAGAAUAUUAUAAGCAACGAUUUCGUAAAACAUUUGCUCAAUUAGUAGAAGAAGAUCUUAACAUUAAUCCAAAUCCUCCUAAUUAUGCAUCUGCUCAAGCACCGGUAUCAAGAUUUCCUGAACGACAGUUUUGUGCAGUUUGUGGAUUCCCUAGUAAUUACACAUGUAUUCCUUGCGGUGCUAGAUAUUGUAGUAUGAAAUGUUUAGGUACUCAUCUUGAUACAAGAUGUUUAAAAUGGACAGCUUAAUAAGUGUAAAAUUAUGUUAUAUUAUGUUAAGUGUGUUAUGAAGUUUAUAUGUAUUUCAGUAUUAAAUAAAAUUAAAUAAUUAAUAAUAAAUAAUAAUAAUAAACAAAAUUAAAUACUUAUUUUUUCUAUUACAAAUGUAAUAAAUCUAAUAUGUAAUAAAGACAAAAUGUUAAAUAAAAUUGUAUAUUUAUACUUUUAA